GAUGGUAACUAGCUUGCCUGAUACUCAACAAGGAGGUCGGGAGUUCGAUCACGACGACGACGAUGUUUGGAGUCUGCACGUUCUCCCCGUGGUCGCAUGGAUUUGUCUCCGUGUCUUCCGGUGAUGCUCGUGACGCUUUCGCCAUCUCCUUUUAGGGCAGCAGCUGCCCCAGCCCUGCCCCCGUUAGGACUCCGUUAAUUGGCAUUGAUCAGCUCUACAACAUUUACAGCUCAUUGCCGCUCAACUAAGUUAACUAAGGCGUAUGUAUAACAUAUGUGCUGUAGUGACCAAUGAUUGUCAACGCUGCCAAUAGGUACGUUUGAAUUGUUAACGGCUUAUUUUUUUUUCGGAUCUAAAUCGGCCACACUUAUUUUACACCCGCAGACCACUACCUCAAGAUUGUUCCUCGGAUUAAAAAAGAAAUAGUCACUGUCAUCGCUCGUCACACGAAUCCUUUGUAAAGGCUAGGAGCAGUGUGCAGGAAGGUGCUUCGAAAAAAACAAUCGGGGCAAUUAGUAAUUAUUUACGCGAGCGGAAUUACAAUUCAGGCUGUUUCUCAAACCUCAUUCGCUGCCACGAUUCCUCGCCGCCCUACCCACGGCACAUCGCUCUCCACAGAACCCGGGCCCGCACUUAACGCCUGCGAUCAAAGAACUAAAAUCAAGAGAUGAGCGUAGGCGGGCGGGUAAGCUUUCCUGGCGCGUGGCGGUGGAACACUCACUCGCGGUGGGGGGCCUGGCGGCAGCGGAGGGCCGGGGAAGCGGGGGGCGCCGUGACGGCGCCGUGGCCGGCGCGAGCGCAUUGCUCGGAGCGGGACGGGCCCCGGGGUGGCUCCGUCGCAGUGCUGGGCCGCUCAUACGAGACGGACGAUGUGACCAACGUGACGCCGCACAUCCUGGGGCUUGUCGGGCGGCAGCUGCACAACCAGGAGCACCACCCGCUGUGGCUCGUCAAGGAGCGCAUCAAAGACUUCUUCUACAAGAGUUUCACGAACCGGCGCGGCAACCCGCUCUUCUCGGUGUACGACGCGCUGCCGCCCGUCGUGACGCUGGAGCAGAACUUCGACAGCCUGCUGGUGCCUCCCGGCCACCCGAGCCGGCGGCGCAGCGACAGCUACUAUGUGAGCGGGCGCCACAUGUUGCGCGCGCACACGUCGGCGCACCAGCGCGACCUGGUUCGCUCCGGCCUCAACGCCUUCCUGGUGGCGGGAGACGUGUACCGGCGAGACGCCGUCGACUCCACGCACUACCCGGCCUUCCACCAGCUCGAGGGCGUGCGGCUGUUCGACCGCCACUCGCUGUUUGCGGAGGUUCAGGGCUCAGGCGCGGAGGACCUGCGUCUGUUUGAGAGCGGCGCGAGGAAUCCACUCAAGCAGGAGACGCACACCAUGGAGGCUGUCAAGCUCACCGAGUUCAACCUCAAGGAGACGCUGCAAGGCCUCAUGGGAUACCUCUUUGGGGAAGGCGUGCAGUGGAGGUGGGUGGACUGCACGUUCCCCUUCACACACCCCUCCUUCGAGAUGGAGGUGCUGCACCAUGGCAGCUGGCUGGAAGUCCUCGGCUGCGGAGUCAUGGAGCAGCGGAUCCUGGAUGGCGCGGGGGCAGCGGACCGCGUGGGAUGGGCGUUUGGCGUGGGGCUGGAGCGUCUCGCGAUGGUCCUCUACGGCGUUCCCGACAUCCGCCUCUUCUGGAGCUCCGACGAGCGCUUCCUGCGGCAGUUCCGCACCGACAGCAUCCACACAGCCAUCCACUUCCAGGCUGUCAGCAAGUACCCGCCGCUCGUCAACGACGUCUCCUUCUGGCUGCCGCCCGACGGCUACGAAGAGAACGACUUCCACGAGCUCGUGCGCAGCCUCGCCGGUGACCUGGUGGAGAGCGUCACGCUCGCCGACGACUACGUCGACAAAACAACGGGCCGGCGUAGCCACUGCUACCGCAUCACGUACCGUCACAUGGAGAAGACGCUGACUCAGCAGGAGGUGGCAAUGCUGCACGAGCGCGUGGGCCGCGCCGCGCAGACUCAGCUCGGGGUCAUAGGGCGCUUCUGACGGCCGCCCCCCCCCCAGCAUAGCCCCACACCACCCACAGCCACCCGCCAUCUCGACCUCCCAGCCUCUGCCCUCACACUUGAUGCCAGUACAGCAAGUAGGUUGCUGACCUACGCGUAUUGCCAUCGAUUCGUAUAAAUUCUUACGCUCACGAGACAUGCAUCGAAUAACAAAUGUGAGAAUAUCCGUAUGUUGCAUACACGGAGGCCGAGAGGAAGGCCUGGAAAAAGAGGCGGUUGGAAGUGCAAGUACAGCAAGUAGGUUAAUCACCUAUCAGUACGGAUGUUUUGUGGGCCUCCACUGGGUGGUGCACUUGAAUUAUCUCCCACUCGCGAAGAAACUCGCAUACAUGAAUUUGUCAAACGUCCCCAGCAGGACCUUCUUGAUAAAUACUCCCAAGACUCAUUGAAGGUUUCCUUUGUAAGUGAAGUUUUGUGUUUUCAAAUUAAAUGUUGAUAGCGAGGAAGCUGCCAUCUAUUACCUUUUCUACUUGCUUGGGCUUCCUUCCAAGGCAUUCAUCAGCCCCAAUGCUGGGCUAACACACACACUUAUCAAUUCUUACACGACAUUCAUUUUGUUUGACACGUAGGCUUUCGCGACCAAUAUCCAUAAUAGAGGUUUUUGGGUUAGAUCGCGUAAAUAUAUAAAUGUGUCGUUAACAUGUUAAAGAAGCGCUGCAAAUGAACGGUGACAAUGAUGCACAAAUCAACAGGGCAUUGAAUACUAAAACCAAAUCAAAUAAGAGCAUUGAAAUUGCCCAUGUAAUUAAAACGAUUAAAAUACCGUACAUUGCGGGAGUAACUGAUCAAUUGGCCAGAUGUUUGGAAAAACAAAACAUCAGAGUCAGAUUUGGGACGGUAUGUAAAAUACAGAAAUUAAUAUCUGGUAUAAAAGAUGUAUUGCCGAAGCUAUCAUCAGAAGGUGUGUACAGGAUUAACUGCACGUGUGGUAAAUGUUACGUGAAAUAUUACAUUUUCCCAAAUACAACUGUCAGCAGUAGCAGAACACGCGUGCCAACAAGGACACUCAAUUGAUUUUGAUGAUGUUGAAGUUUUGUGCAAAACUAGCUACUACUGGCCAAGAUUAAUUAGAGAAUCUAUCGAAAUUGAAGGAAAUCUAAAUAACUUUAACCGUUCGGAUAGGUACCGCCGUAGUGCUGCGUGGCAGCGAAUUAUCAAUACAUUAUUUAAAUGCAUGCCUCCAGAGGGCAGGGUACUUCAAUCGGGAUUACCGUUGGUAGGGCUAUUUUAAUAAACACAAUAGACAGGAAGUACAAAUUCAAAGGGCUCGCAUAAUGCACAUGCAUCAUGUACGUUGCCUCAGUAACCCCCCCCCCCCCCACAUUGUGCAAGAGCGCAGAAGGGUGGCCUCUAUAUAAUGAACGAAACAGGUGGAAACAGGUGGACUUCUCCACAAAUCUGACUGCCGACUGAUGAAGCUGGUUGUAAUUACUGGCGAAUCGUCGUACUCAGAUUGUAAAUGUUGUGGCUUUGCUCUCCAACACACCGCGAUGUGCUGUACUCGUGACGAAUUGGCACGUUCUGUUUACGUGACAACCCUUACUAGUUGGCUGUGUCGGGUGGUGGCGGUUUCAACGACAUUCAUAUAUUUACGCGAUCUAACCCAAAAAUCUCUAUCAUGGAUGACAUUUAUUUUACAUUCAGAGCAGUAAGAGCUUUGUUUUCUCGGAAAAAAAUAUCUUUGUAUCGAACAAAAACAUGUAAUGAGUUGAGUUUGUGUUGCUUACGACUCAAUCCAGGUAAAUCCCAGAAACCAAGCAGGUUUGAGCCCGGAUAGUGCUUGGAUGCGAGCCCACCAUGCAUACAGCGGGUGUUGUCAGCAGCUCAGGGACUACUUUGUGGGCAGCAGAGCACCUUGCAACGAAAUCAGUUCUUGUACUGUACUUCAAUGCUCCCACAUAUGCCACCCGCCUUCACCAAACUGCACUGACCAGCGUGAUGAAGAAUGGCCAAAUAGUCCCUGCCCCUCCCCUCGUCCAGCAGCAAAUUGACAUUGUACGUCGUCUGGCCUUUGGGAAUCCUCACGUUUGCGGCCCUGAAGAAUUGGGAGCUGCGGGUAACGAGGCACUCGGAAGCCAUCGCCGCCUCCAAGGGAGCCGCCACGUUGACGGCUCUCCUGGGCACGGCUGGGCGUUGACCGCCAUCACCAAUGCCCCCUCUGCCUCCUCUCAUUAUGAAUGUUGUCAUUAUUACCCUGCGUUUACAUUUCAAACGCUGCGUGGCACGACAUUAUUUUUGUAGAAAAUAAACGGAAAUCGAUCGCCUUA